AUGACGCCGUUCGGAAGCACCACCGCAACUGCCACAGCCACAGCCACUACUGCUGCAACUGUAAGUAGAGCAGCCUCCAUUGAUCCCCGAGAUUGCAAGGUUCCUCAAGUUGGAGACGAUGGAAUCAGCUCUUUGGCUUGGUCUCCAACUCAUAACUAUCUGGCGUCCAGCAACUGGGAUGGUGGCGUCCGCCUUUGGCAAGUCGAAGAGCAAGCAACACAAGUUCGCGCCACCCCACAAGCCAUGGUCCGACACGAUGGCAAAGCUCCUGUUUUGGACUGCUGUUUCAGUGCCGAUGGAUCGACUCUCUUUUCAGGUGGAGGUGACAAGGCCGUUCGAAUGUGGAAACUUGCAUCACAGCCACCAAAUUGGAUCGGACAACAGAUUGGAGUUCACGACUCUCCAGUCAAAGCAGUUCGCUACUUACCUUCUAGCAAAUUGGUUGUCAGCGGGGGCUGGGAUCGCAAAUUAAAAUUCUGGGAUCAACGAAGCAGCAGUCCAGUGGGUUAUUUGGACUUACCAGAAAGGGUCUAUGGAUUAGACGUCCGAGGCAAUUUGAUGGUCGCUAUCACGGCCGAUCGAAAGUUGUUUGUCUAUGAUGCCAGUGGACCACAACCUGUCCUUGAGUAUGAGAUGGAUUCUCCUCUACGUUGUCAAAGCCGCUGCGUGGCCUGUCUCCCAAACCAAAAGGGUUUUGCAAUUGGAGGUUUGGAAGGCCGUGUCUGUAUCCGACAUCGCAACAAUGCCAAGGGAUUCAGAUUUCAAUGUCAUCGUCAAGGCAGUGAUGUUUUCGCUGUAAAUGCAAUUGCGUUUGCCAAUCGAUACAGCACAUUUGCGACAUGUGGAGCCGAUGGCGGCGUCAGCUUUUGGAACAAGGACCUCAAGCAAAAAGUCAAGGAGUUCAAACCAAUCCAAAGAUCCAUUUCUUGCGCAACAUUCAAUACUCAAGGAAACCUCUUUGCAUACUCAAGCAGCUACGAUUGGAGUAAGGGAUGUGGGCAUUAUGCUCAAGGAUCGCCAAACGAGAUCUAUGUUCACUACACACCUGAUAGUGAACUCAAGCCUCGGAAGUAG